AUGACGAACCUAAAACUCGAGAUUGAUCAUGACAAAGUUUACACCACCGGCGACAUUGUCUCGGGUAAAGUUCACCUCACCGUCGACGACAAGGUAGAUCUCACAUCAAUUGACGUCACCUUGUAUGGUCAAUCGAGAUCAAGAAAUAAAGUUCAUACUGGUCAAGGUUAUGUUACCAAGCUCGAGAAACACACGUUGUUAGAACUUGUGAACACAGUGUUUCCACCACCAGAUAUCCAAAGUAUUUCCACCAAGGGGCAGUACACCUUGACUGAGGGCGAAUACACAUACCCCUUUGCAUUCACGUUUCCUGAUAAAAGCCACGAGGCAGAUUGCAAAGUCGAGAAGAAGUUCUUUCAUUCUCGCGGGUUUACACGAAGAGAGAACAUUGAAUCGGUGGCGUUAGCGCCCACGUACUCUUAUAAGUGGAGUUUUGAUGAGUACUGCCGUGUGGAGUACUCGGUGAAUGUUGCGAUACAUAAUCCGUCCUUUUUCAAAUUCGAUACAAAGGUUUCUGAGAUCAUCAAGUUCUACCCACAAAACGAGGACUUGACCUUCUCGACCAAGCACUUGCUGGACAAAUGGGCGCUUAAGCCUGACUUUGACUCGUGCGUGAAGGAUUUGAAGUACCUUCCUGACGGCACAAUGAAAGUGGAGGGUUUUUUCACGAGACUUUUCUCGUCCAGUGGCAUUGAGUUGCCAAUGGAGUUAAUGGUGAAUUUUAUAGGUGAUGAGGUAGACACCCCGGAAGGAAAGACGAAACGUGUGAUUAAAAGCAACAACAAGCUUUCUAGGUACGUUCACUUGAGUUUGCAAACGCCAAUUUCUGGAGGUACCUUGCGGGAUUUAGCUGGAGACAACAAUGUAGCGAAGGGCGACCGACCCAGCGAUUCAUUCAAGAUUCGAAUCUCUGGAGUCAAAGUCAAGCUCUUGCUGAGAAUCCGCUAUCUUGCUGUGAAGCAAUCACGCAAGACCCACAAAUAUGAACUUUUAAAUAAAGCACUCGACAAUGAGGUGAGUUUCACGGACUUUGAGCCUGUGCCUCAGGAGAAAGGCUCAUCGAUCCUCCGCAAAAAAGAGCUUUACAAGCUUGAUUUAGAUCCAUCGUGGUUUGACUGUGACAUCACCGACGUGGGACAGUCGUUUGUGACCUGCAAUAUCAAGAGGGACUUCCACCUUGAAAUCUCGGUAAUGAUCGCUGCUUCGGAAGAUCUAUCCAACGAGUUGAAACUCAAAGUCGAGUGCCCCAUCGUCCUACAAAAGGGCUUCGCAUCAGAGCUGGAUGAUGAGACCGAGAAGCCACCACCUGGAUACGGUGUAGCGCCUCCAGAGUACGGUGAUGAAAAGAAUAGUGAGCCAAUGGAAUGGGGAAUCUGA